AUGGAUGUCACCCGCCUAUUCCUGGCUAUCCUGCUGGUCUUCCUGUGCUUUCUCACUGCCUACAGCCACCUGCCACCUGAGGAGAAGCCCAGAGAUGACAUGAGUCUGAGGAGCAACUCCUCCAUAAACCUACUGGAUUCCUUUUCUAUCUCUAUCAAGGAGCUGAAAAAGAAACCCGAAAAUAUCCGCAGAAAAGAAGCAGGAAAGAAGAAGAGAUCUAAGAAGAAGGCUCCGAUGAAGAAGGUGGCGCGGCCCCGGUCCCCGCCACCCUCGCCCUGCGUGGCCACCCGUAAGAGCUGCAAGCCGCCGGCGCCCGCCUGCUGCGACCCGUGCGCCUCCUGCCAGUGCCGCUUCUUCCGCAGCGUCUGCUCCUGCCGCGUGCUCAACAGGGACUGCUGAGUGCGCCCCCUCCGCGCCGUGGGCAGGACUGGGCGGGCCUCGGGGGCGGGGCUUACGGGCACCCUGGGGGCGCUUCUAGCGCGGGUGAUAUCUAGUGGAUGUGGCUUCCUAGGACUGAGCGCAGAAGUGGGUACUGAUUUGGGGCGGAACUCUCAAGAGGCGGGACUUCAAAAAGACCCGGCUUGAGUUAAAAUUUAAAUACACGUGGGCUGCUCGCA